AUGAGCUACAGGGAGCCAAGCACAAUCUACAGCCAGCCGGCCAACACCGGCUCGGGCAUCCAUGAAAACACCCAGCUCGCUUCCGCCAUCGACGCGCUCAAGCACCAUGCCAACCCGGUGCGACUCGAAGACUUUGCUCUCUCCCAGGGUCUGCCUGCGCUGCUCAACCCGAACAGCGGGCUCUUUUCCCGGUUCAAGUCGCACGAUCGGGUCAUGUACGAUGGUAAGACGGAUCUGUGGAUGUACAAGCCGGAUUAUGAUUUGAGGACGCCCGCGGAUCUGGUGGCGCUGUUGAAGGAGAGGUUUCUGAAUCCCGGUGGGGCAGGAGCACGGAACUCGAGCGCAGCAGGGAUGCGACUGGCAGAGUUGAGGGAGAGCUAUCCGGCGGCGAGAGACGCCGUGGAGGAGCUGAGCAAGGUCGAGCCGAAGGAAGAUAGAGAGGUGCUGGUGUUGAGAGGGCAGCGCGACGGCGCGAUCAAGCAGGUCUUCUGGAACCCGCUCAGAGGGAGCGAUGCCAAAGGCGUCGAUGAUGAGUUCAAAGAGCUCUGGCACGAACUCAAAGUGCCGGACCUGGUCGACCUGCCCAAGGAGCUCGAGCGCGAAGGUCUCUCCACCACCGACAUGCUCGAUGCGCCCAUCUCGGGCACUCAACUCGCCAAUGCCAAGAACAAGAAGAAGAAGAAGGGCGCCGGCGCUCGUCGCUUCAAGCUUCAGAAUACCCAUUUGGAAGGCGUCGACCUUUCGCAGGACUUCGUUCGACCUUCCUAG